GUAGUUAGCGAGCUAGCGUGUAGCAGCUGAUAGCUGUCCUCUGCCUUUCGCUGAAAAACACCUCGAAAGCGGAAAAGUUGCUGCCACAAGGAAACAGCGAGGAGUCUCGGCCGAAGAGCCCUUUUGCCGUCCUGUUCCCGAACAUUUGGGUCCCGUUCCAACCUAAAUAGCGCUCUCGAGAAGCGGCGGUGGCGGCUGAAGUGCAGCUGGAUGCGACAGGUUCGUCAUCAGAACACUGACAGAAAGUGCCUUGUGAGACGACAUCCCUACUUGAAGAUCCCUGGGCGGGUUUGAAGUGCUCCAGAUUUUCCUCUACAGUCGUGACAGGACCUGGAUCAGCUGCAAACACCCCUGACCUUCUUCUUUUGUCCUUACCUGUGCUCAGUGUGAAGAAGUGAAGAGGUGGUGCUGCUGCACUGCUGGCCAAGGUGCCAAAGCUCAGAUAGAGUAGGUUCUGAAGACUUUUAAAAGCAGAAGUUUGUGUUGUCCUAAAGUGUGCCAUUGCAUCUCAAAAUAGCACCACGUUUGCUCCCCAACAUCCACCCUUGCACAAAUAUCAUCACUUAUAUAAAGGACAUUUUGGGGACGUUGGUACAAGCAGUAGAGCCUCCGAGCUCCGAGCAUGCCCCCUCUGCCUCGUCAGAGGUCUGCACCUGAGACUUACUGAUUGAUAACCAAUUAGCUGUUUGGCUGACAAACCCCUCAACAACAGUGCAGUCCCAUGCUCCAGUCACAGAGACUUUGCCAGUCCAUUACCUCCACUUUCCUGUCCGUAAGGACAAACCUCAUCCACUGACCUGACGCAGAUCAUUUAUAGCUGCAUGUUCCAUCAGUUUUAGCUGUUUUGUGUUUUUUUUUUUGUUUUUUUUUUGUUGUUUUUUUUGUACUGGAACACUCCGAAACAAUUCCUUAGAGGAUAGCCUCUUCCUUAAACCAAGUGGCUCCACUCUACCCCGGCUCCACAGCCAGCUCCGCUGACAUGGCUUUGAAUAUUGCCUCGAUACGGGACACAAAAUGGCUGACCCUGGAAGUGUGCCGGCAGUUUCAGAGAGGGACUUGUUCACGCAGUGAUGAGGAAUGCAAAUUUGCCCACCCACCCAAGAGCUGCCAGGUGGAGAAUGGGAGGGUGAUUGCCUGCUUUGACUCAUUAAAGGGACGCUGCACGCGAGAGAACUGCAAAUACCUCCACCCGCCCGCCCACCUGAAGACCCAGCUGGAGAUCAACGGGCGAAAUAACCUGAUCCAGCAGAAGACAGCGGCCGCCAUGUUGGCCCAACAGAUGCAGUUCAUGAUCCCCGGCACCACCAUGCAACCUGUGGUUAGUGCUGGACUCGCUUAUACAUUUCCAGUCAGCCAGGGCCUGGGCUCCAGCGCAGGUUUGAGCUACACACCCUACCUGACUCCCAUGUCCCACAGCAUGGGCCUGGUGCCCACAGACAUCCUGCCAAGCACUCCCGUCAUCGUCCCCGGCAGCCCGCCCGUCUCCAUGACCGGUGGCUCCUCCUCCAAUCAGAAGCUGCUGCGUACCGACAAGCUGGAGGUGUGCCGUGAGUUCCAGCGGGGCAACUGUGCUCGCGGGGAGACGGACUGCCGCUUUGCCCACCCAAGCGACAGCCCCAUGAUCGACACCAGCGACAACACUGUCACUGUGUGCAUGGACUACAUCAAGAGCCGCUGCUCCCGCGAGAAGUGCAAGUACUUCCAUCCCCCGGCCCACCUGCAGGCCAAGAUUAAGGCCGCCCAACACCAGGCCAACCAGACAGCUGUGGCUGCGCAAGCUGCCGCCACAGCUGCAGCCAUGACUCAGUCGACUGCCAAAGCAAUGAAGCGACCCCUCGAGGCAACUGUAGACCUGGCGUUCCCCCACGGCGUCCUCCAGCCCCUACCAAAGAGACCGGCACUUGAGAAGAGCAACGGGUCGAGCUCCCUGUUCAACCCCAGUGUUUUGCACUACCAGCAGGCGCUGGCCAACGCACAGCUCCAGCAGCCCGCUUUCUUUCCCACAGGGUCAGUCUUGUGCAUGACUCCUGCUAGCAGUCUUGUCCCAAUGAUGUACAGUGCUACGCCUGCUACUGUCUCUGCAGCAACAACUCCUGCCACAAGUGUCCCCUACGCAGCAACAGCACCAGCCAAUCAGAUCAUCCUGAAAUAAGUGUCAGGAAGGGAAUGGAGUGUCACGAAGCUGCACUAGGAAACCCAAAACAGCCCCUGUGUAAAUACUACCUUACCUCUCCCAUAGAGGUCCAGCAACCUGCAUGCUAAGAGUGUAACACUUCAAUUUAACCAUAAGAACUGCAGUGCCGGUGUAACACACAUACACACAAAAAAGAUAUAUACUGUAUGUAUUGCUAGGGAAAAAAAAAACUAUUAACAUGAAAAAGUAAAAAAUAUUCUUAUGUAUAGUACUACAUACAUAGCAAACACACUAUAGAGGUCAUUUUAACAACUGUUCUCCCAAAGUACCGUGGAUCCCCUAUCUUUCAUAUUUAUUCUAAAAACAGCUGCACAACGUUCACCCCCUUGGUUGGUAAAACAAAAAGAUGCUUGAUUUGCACUAUACGAGAACUAUAGUGCUUAAUGUUGAAGUGGAAAAUAGGAAGAGUCACAGAAAAGAAAACCCGUGCACAACCACACCAGCGCACUCGGCGCUUUCGAGUGGGUUUUUGCUCGUCUCGCGGUCUUUGCUUUUUCCUCUCUACAAAGUUGAAUGUCCUUGGGGCAGACGGGCUCAUGUUUUCUUAAUGUGACUGUCCCCUGCGAGGGGUACCUCUGUGACCCUCAUCUGCCCCAGAUGCUGUUCAGAUGCCAUGAUGAAGCUUAUCCUCCCCUUCCCCCCCAACCCCACGCCAACUUCUCAUCUCCGGAAACAUCUUGCCAAAGUCGCAGCUCGGGAAGAGGUCGGUGGAAUCAACCUGCAAGAAAAGCAGAGCCACAUUUUAAUCAUUUUUUUUUGUCUCUUUGGCCAUUGCGAAAGCUGCUCAGAAACAACCCUUUAUUUGUUCUUCAGUUCUUUGUUCAGGAGGAGUGGUGGGAUAGAUUGUGCACGGAUUUUUGCAUGUAGUCGGGACUGGGGAAGACAGUGCCCAGUGUUGACAGAAGAUAGUCGUGGCCAUUACCGAAAAAGCCUAAAGGCUUGGGUCUGUGCCAAGGGCUUAACAAAGCUUGAGGGUUCGUUCCAGACAUACCAAGCCUUGUGUGUAUGCGUGCAUGUGUGUUCGUAUCUGGAGACUGAUGGUCUGCCGGCAGACUGGGACUCGAAGCGAGGUCUCGCAGGUGAUGACAACACCAGGCCUGGUAGGAGGGGUUUUUUCUGGGGAGGGGGGGGGAGGGUGAGGGACUUAAGUGCUAAGACUAAACAAAAAUUUUAAAAAAUAUAUUUAAAAAAAAAAACAAAAAAAAACGGUGCAUUUGACGAUGCUCGUCAAGCAAAAGAUGACUUGAACUUCGACUGGAGGGCUAUCUGUGACCGUCGGUUGUCCUGUCCAACCCUACUAUCACCGAUAAUCCUGUUCCAUUUUAGAAAACUGUAGAAGUGCCUAAAAAAUGCUCAUCAACAACACAUGCAUCCAAAAUGUAUCACUAAAAAGUCACAGACACAAAAAACACUGGCUCGGAAGCUACAUGGACCUUUUUUCGGGAAAGACAUCACAUUUUUUGCGAAUCGUUCCUGGGGAAAAAAAAAGAAAAACAAACAAAAAAAAAAACGGUUUUCUAGUAACCGCUCAUGAACAUCACAAGUGACUUUAUUGAGACAAAAAGAAGUUAAAGAAACGACAAAUCAAAAAUAGCUUUGUAGAAUGUUUGGUGACUUUCACGGUGUACCAUCGUUUUCUUACCAUGGUUUGAGUAGUUUACAUGAGGAACGUGAGUGAGAAAAAAAAAAUGUAUUGUAAACUGUGUAAUGUAUGUAAAGUGUCUCUUAUUUUGAGAGUUUAUAUUCACGGUUCUAGAAAUGUAUUCAAAGUUAUUUAAAAUUUGUGUUUGUGUCUAUUAUCAAGGUAUGUGUGAACCCCCCCAAAACCCUCCGCCAUCUCCACCUCCACUCACAACCAUGCAUUUUAUUAUUUUUGACCAACACUUUUUUUUUUCCUCCAUUUUCUCCAUUUUAACUCAUACUAAAUUUGAUUUUUCCAUUUCUCAAAAACAUCUGAUGUAAUUUCAUGGUGCUUGAUUAACAUUGACAAUCCACAAUCAUACCUUGGGACGAGAGCGCUCCGCUCGGGUUCCACGUUUCGGUUUCAUCCACUCUGAUUGUCUUCACAUUAUGAUUUGUAUGUAAUAUUUGUGGACGGUGGUAAAAGUUCUAUUUUGUUGUAAUUUAUCUUAUGUUACUCUUGGUCAAAUUUUAGUCAAAAAAAAAAAAAACAAUGUUGUUAACUAUUCUAUUUUGAAAUGAAUGUAAUUUAUUGAGCUGUGCUACAUUCUGCACGGUUGGUCAUUUCAAGGUCUAACCUGUCAGGUCAGCGAAUGAGAAGUCGCACACGUCUUGAAGGGUGGGGGUUUUAAAAAGUCGGCCCACCGAUAGAAAAGCUACUGGAUCUCUCUUGCCUUCUCAUCGAUUUAAAAAGAUCACGGUGUUGCAGUAAUGAGCAUAGUUAUAGAGUUGCUUGUGUUGUUGGAAAAAAAAAUGUUUAUUGUAUAGAUGACAUUUUACCAAAAAAAGAAGAAGAAAAUUUCAAAAAAGAUGUACUUUUCACUCUAGUAUAAUAGUAUUUCAUAACAAUAUUAAGUUGUUGCUGUGGCAACCAAAUGUUGCAAUUACUAAAGUUCGGUAUUUUUGUAAAUGACAUUGUUAAGUUGAUUUUUUGUUUCUUUUUGCUAGAACACUGUACACAAGGUAGAUUGUAAAGAAGAUAUGAACAUUUCUUAUUCUUCACUGAGAUUAUGACAAUGACCUAAUAUUUUCAUUAGCGAAUAACAGCCUCUAUAGUGCUGUGACUGUAACACUUAAAUAGAUUUAAAGUCAUCAAUGUUACAUAGAUUAUAUAUGAAUAUAUAUAUAUAAGAACUAAAUAAUCUAUAAAUUAAUAAGUUCAGAUGUACAACUCUUCCCCUGACAAAGGACCUUUAGGUUCCACACUUUAUUCGAGGCGUAUGUAUCACUAGAGUUAAGGAUUGCACUUUUCAUAUUGUUUAAAGAUGUGAUCUGUUUUAUUCAUUUCCUUCAAGAGGUUUUUUGCCCCCUCCUCCCCCCCGCUAGUGCAGUAAAUCUGUUCAUCGACGAAAAAGGCAGAUACGACCGGUAAAUAACUUCGAAUUCAACAUGUUGCAUGAGAUAAAAAACAAGAUCUUCUUUUCUUACUAAACGAUAACGUACUGAAUGUUUCUAGUGGAAAAAAAAACAACAAACAAAACAAAAAAAAAACGUCUGUACACAAAAUGUUCUCAUUUGGUGACCCACAAUGCCCUUGUGUAUGGAAAUCCUCUUGAGAUGUAAUGUUCUGUUUUUUUUUUUUUCUUUUGAAAAAUGUGUUGGCAAUGAUUGACUGAUGGUAAAAAAAAAAAAAAAAGAAGAAAAAUGUAAGCACUUUCUGAGCAGUUGGUCAACUGAGCAGACUCAGCUUAUCCAAACACUUUGCCUUAUCUUGAGUCCAUCGUGCUUAAGGUUUUAUGUUUUUAAGAGCUCUUAUAAAAAAAAAAAAAUUUCAAGAGACUCCCAGCGGGUCUCUCUUUUCAAAUCCCUUCUCAGUUUCAUUUCAAAUAUGUAUCUUUAUAUCUAAAAAGUCAUUUUUUAAAAAAAGGUUUUAAUGUGCGCAAUCGCAAAGGCCAAAAGGGGCGACUGCAGCAGAGUGAACAGUCAUUGGUCUUUACCUCCGCUCUCCCAAAUCUGUAGUGAGAUCUUUUUAUGUCCCAUUGCCUUAUACAAUGGAACCGUUCAGAGAUUGUAAUUCUGGGCUUCAGCCAGCAGAGGGCACUACACUGGAGACUGCAGGUUUACCGGCUGUGACUGCCUGUGCCAUCGUUGUUGCAGUGUGCCCUACCAACAAAGUCAAGACACAAAGUUAAAUUGAUAAGAAGACCCUCAUCGGAAUUUAUACUUUCAAUGUAAUCAUUUUUAAAUGUAUUCUUUUUUUUUUUCUUUUUUUUUGCAUAUAUUUUGUGCUAUUUUAUGUUUCUAUAGUCAAAAUGUUUCUUUGGUUCCAGCAAGAUAGUGUAAAAUCUAUUGAAAGAAAGAAAUAAAGAAAAUCAAAUGAA